AGGAAGCUGCUGCUUAUGGUGUAAUUCUGUGAACCAGUGUCUCCAAGUGUUUCAUAGAGGCUAGGCAUGAUAACCAAACGCUUGGAAAAGAAGAGUUUUUGGGAGCAGGAGGAAGGUUGUAUGGGAACUGCACGCACAGGAAACCAUUUUCUCAUGCGUUGUUCUACAAUAUGGAAUCAUCUCUAGGAGUGAAGAACCAUCACGCGUGUAACUACCUUCCCAGGGUAUCAGCUGCACUGCUUUAAACUUACCUUUGCUAUUUAAUUCCUGGUGAUAUAAAGGGUAUGAAAUCUGGAAGCAUCAAAGCCCUACUGUACUGAAAAAAGAAAUGCCUGUGAUUCUGCCUUACUUCUCCCUAGGUCUACUGUGAGUAUGGGAUGGUACAUGUCCUUUCAGAGAAGGGAAGCAGCAAAGGAAAAGACUACUGUAUCCUCUUCAACUCUCAGUGGGCCCAUUUGCCACAUGAUCUGGGUAAAGCUUCCCUCUUGCAACUGCAGGAUCAGACAGCGUCUGUUUUGUGUUCUCCUUCUGAUGUACCUGAUGGGGGUUUUAAUAAUCGAAUCCCCAUGGUGAUGCGAGGGAAUUGCACCUUCUAUGAGAAAGUAAGGCUUGCCCAAAUAAAUGGAGCUCGUGGCCUGCUGAUUGUUAGUAGAGAGAGACUGGUUCCUCCUGGGGGUAACAGGAGUCAAUAUGAAGAAAUUGAUAUUCCUGUGGCUCUGCUCAGCUACGCCGAUAUGUUAGAUAUUGGCAAGAGUUUCGGCAGGUCAGCGAAGGGGGCUUUGUAUGCACCCAACGAGCCUGUGUUAGACUACAACAUGGUGAUUAUAUUUGUCAUGGCUGUGGGGACUGUGGCAAUUGGAGGUUACUGGGCAGGAAGCAGAGAUGUGAAAAAACGAUACAUGAAGCAUAAACGUGAUGAUGGGGCGGACAAACACGAUGAUGAAACAGUCGAUGUGACUCCAGUAAUGAUCUGCGUGUUUGUAGUGAUGUGCUGCUCGAUGUUGGUCCUCCUUUAUUUCUUCUAUGACCACUUAGUCUAUGUUAUCAUAGGAAUAUUUUGCCUGGCUGCCUCGAUUGGUCUUUACAGUUGUCUGUUUCCCUUUGUAAGAAGAUUCCCAUUGGGAAAAUGCAGAAUCCCAGACAACAACUUGCCUUAUUUUCACAAGCGUCCACAGGUCCGGAUGUUGCUGUUGGCAGUAUUUUGUAUCUCUGUCAGCAUAGUCUGGGGAGUCUUCAGAAAUGAAGAUCAGUGGGCCUGGAUUCUGCAAGAUGCUUUAGGAAUUGCUUUCUGUCUUUACAUGUUGAAAACAAUUCGCCUGCCUACGUUUAAGGGUUGUACCUUGCUCCUCCUGGUUCUUUUUGUGUAUGAUGUAUUUUUUGUAUUUAUCACACCUUUUCUAACAAAGACAGGGGAGAGUAUAAUGGUGGAGGUGGCUGCAGGCCCGUCCGAUUCUGCCACGCAUGAAAAGCUCCCAAUGGUCCUGAAGGUUCCAAGACUGAACUCCUCACCAUUGGCUCUUUGUGAUAGGCCUUUUUCUCUCCUAGGAUUUGGAGACAUUUUAGUUCCAGGCUUACUGGUGGCGUAUUGCCAUAGAUUUGAUAUUCAGGUGCAGUCCUCCAGAGUCUAUUUUGUAGCCUGCACAAUAGCAUAUGGCAUAGGCCUUCUUGUAACCUUUGUAGCCUUGGCAUUGAUGCAGAUGGGCCAGCCAGCUCUCCUCUACUUGGUGCCGUGUACGCUUAUCACAAGCUUUGCUGUGGCUCUUUGGAGAAAGGAGCUUACAAUGUUCUGGACGGGCAGCGGCUUUGCGAAAGACCUACCUCAGCCUCCCUUGGUGAUAACUCCUGUCAACUGCCAUGAGCUUCCCAAAGAUACCAAUGUACCAGCCUCUCAACAAGACACAGAGCAAAUGACUAAUCCUACCCUUCACGUGGAGGAUCUGCAUGGCCCCACUAUGACUGCGGAGGAGCUGGCCGAUACCAAUACAAAGACAGAACAAUCAGAAACUUCUGUCUCUCAGAGUGAGGAACCAGCCAGUCAGAAGAAGGAUGACCUUGAAAGCAAAAGUCUAAACCCAGAGCAAAAGCAGCCCGAAUAAAUGAUGUGAUAGGAACCCCCUUUUCCCCUCAAAGACAUAGCCACAUAAAACCAGUGUGUAGUUAGACUGGUUUAGUAGUGCUCGCAUUCAUUGAGAAACCUCACUGGGAGUCUGAUCAUCAAAUCCAGCCAAGAAUGUUCUGCCUCCAGCUUUGGUACAGCUAUACACUUCAAACAUUUUUCUGAAAUAUGGUGCUCUACAAGGAUUCUGAUGUAUGAAUUUUGGUGAUCAUUUUAUUAGUGGAUGCCUUUUACUGUUCCAGUUUAGUUAUACUGGGGUAGUAUUAAGAGUUUUUAUUUAAGCAGUACUCUGCUUGUGUAGCUCUUGUGCUGCUUUAGCGUAGUGUAGGUGAGCAUGGAGGGAAAAGCAUUGAAUGAAUCUGCUGCCAUGCUAAGUCGAGAGAAAUGUGAUACAUUUUUAGCACUUUCCCUAUUGUCGCAUUUUUACUUUUCCCUACUUGUCAAAGCCAUUGAUGCGAGGAAAUGCUUUAGUAUUAACUGAUAUUCAGGCAGUGCAGGGAGCUGGUUACAUUACCAGCCUCUGACAGGACUUAUAUUACCGUGGUGCAUUAAAUGCAUCUCUUAAUGUUUGUUGUCUUUGUUUUUACUUCCAGGUAUCUGGGUUGGUUACUGGUCUAGUUUAAAAGGCAGGAUGAAUGGACCUGCAGGAAGCCUUGUAAGCCCUUGUAUGAACUCUAGGGGUUGUCUCUGGGGAAAAAAAAAUUACAAUGUUUAUUGCAAAACACAGUGUAGUAGAAUAAGUUUAUUUUGAAUGUUUGAAGUUUUAAAAACAAACAAAACAAAGUAAGUAGUAGCACUAUACUCGGUUUAAUAGGCAGUAUUUUCCCUGGGAAAGCGUUAAAGUAAAAUUAAAAAUAUUUUACUGGGUUUUUUUUUUUUUGAGCUUCUAUUUAUUAUCCUUUUAAGGAAUAUAGGUGAGGUUUCUAAUUCUGAAGAAAAAUAGUUUGGUUUCAUCAUUCUCCAGGGAGUAUGUAUGGUGCUAUAGUCAGUUGUGAUUUAGUUACUUGCCACUCAGUAACUAAUUGACUGCCUCAAAUCAUGUUUUGUCCUUGUCUCAGAAGUAGCCAGAGUGAGGCAUGUCAGGUUCUGGAAGGAGGCUGUGAUCUAGCAUAUUAUCUUGUAUCUUUUGCUUCAUGACAUUGGGAAGGACUAAAUCUGUAUACAUUUUAAACUAUUUCAGGUGCAGCUGUCUUUCUUUACAUACCAGAAAAUAAUAAUUUUUUUCAUAUGACAUGAUUGAGUUUUUUAUGCAUCAACUUUGCUACGCACAGAGGGAUAAUGAGAUUUGCAUUUCACUUAUCUCAUUUAAGAAGUUAGAACACAUGGCUUUAUCAAAGAUGUCAGUAUUCUAUGCUUACAUUGCAUUCCCUUUCAAAAAAAAAAAAUCUGAAAUGGAAGAGGUCACAGAAAUAUUGUAGGAUCCUAGAAUAUGAUUCCAAAUGCCAUGCAAGAAAUUCUCUUCUUAGUAUUCUGAGGACCCAAAAUGUGAUAUUUACAAAAGUAUCAUUAUAGUGUCAUGAUCUGAAGCAAUGAUUUUUAAGUUAAGCUCUAGUUGGCGUGCAGAGUUGAAUUCUGGAAGGUUCUCUUUUAAUGUCAGUAUGUUAAACUUAGUCAUUGUCUUUUGCUAGGCCUUCCAAAAGUUUGUGCUGUGUUUUAUGGAUGAUAACUUCUUUUCAUUUUCUCUCCUGUUUCAUGUUGAGUGGACAGUAUUCUUUCUCUAGAGUUGUUAAAGGCUUUCUGUAAAAACCACACUAUGGAUCCAGAAUUUUACCAGCUUCUGUUUAAAGCCUUGAGCCCUCUCUGAUAAGUUGAUUUAAUGGUGAGUUUCUUGAAAGGCUUCCCGAGUCCAAAGGCCUGCAGUGCAUUUAAUUGACUAAUGAACCAAAUGGAACACAGUAAAUGGUAGUAGAGAGAUCUAUUUUUCAGUCUACUCUUUAAUGGACUACAUUACUUUUUCCAGGGGUAAUAUGAACCAGUUAUUACUAAUGUAAAGCAACAGAGACAUUUUAUUCAAAACUUCAGCCAGCUGAAUUAUGCCUUAAUUUAAGCCACUGUAUAAGUAUGUAUAUUAAACAUUUAUUUAAAAUAAGAAAAUAAACCUAUGUUUAAAUAAUGAACUUCACAAAUAGUAGGAAAAAAUUUUGGAAACUGACUCAAAGUUCUGUGUGUAUUUGUGGAUUUUUUUUUGUUUGUUUUUUUGUCUUCACUGUCUUUAAGUCAUAGUGUUAUUGGGAAUAGUUUUCUUUUUUUAAUAUGCUUAAAAGCCAGUAGGUUUUUUUAUGAUUAUGAAGUACUAAGUUUUAUCUUGAGAACAAGUGUUAAAAUGCAUAUUUCAUCUGUGUGAUAAUGUUCAUAAUUUGUGUUAGGAAACAAUUUAUUUCUCAAGUUAUAAAUAACUCAUUUAAAAUGGAAGAAUUCAAAACACUGAUUAACUUGCAGGCAUUUAACAGUCACUUUGUUCAUAUUGUAUUUUAGAUCAGUGUGCUUGGAGCAUAAGGUAUAAAGCUUAUGUUUCUGAGAGUUUUCCACCUAUUUUUUACAUGUGAUUUUUCACCAACUACAAAGAUCAUGUGGAAGAAGAAAUGGCUAUUUAGGCUAAUGCAAUACUUCAAGUUGAAGUAUGUGAACUGGCAAUAAGUUAUAUACUUUGACUAUUCCAGUACUGUACAAAUCAGGUGACCCUAGUGCACCCAUUUGGCUGUGACUGUUCGGACCCUGAUCCUCCUCAGUUCAAUCACUUCCAUCAAAAUACAAGGCUGUGCUUUUUUGUUUUUUCAGACACCUCCCUGAUCUGCAUAAUGUAAAACCUACUGUUGUGUAGGAAAAGGUGAAGAGAUACAGUGGAUUAUAAUUUUAUUUGAUGGUUGCAGACAUAUGUCCCAUACCAAACUUUAGAAGAAGUAUUUUAACUGAACGUUGAUGCACUUCUUGUUUACAUAUUUCAUAUACUAAGUCUUUAGCUGACAAUCUAAAUAUUCAAGAAUAAAGGAUCUACUUCUGAAAACGUA